AUGGCAAAUAACAUUGAUUUUGUUCAACACAAUAAUUUUAUUGAAAAUACUGAAAAUACUGAAACUGUCAUUAUCACUCAACCAUUACCAAUUGCUUCACGUGAAAAUUCACUCAUUAUCAUUGAUACAGAAUGUUUACCUUCUUAUUCAUCUGUUCUCAAAGAUCCGCCUCCAAAUUAUCACAACUCAAUAAUUGAUUCAUAUUUAGUUUUAAUUCAACAACCACAAAUUCAAUGGUCAAGACUUAAAAAACUUUACAUUUUUGGUUACAUUUUUUGGCCGUUUUGGUUUAUUGGUACUCUUUAUUUAUUUUCAGAUUAUUCAGAUAAUAGAUUUUGGGCUAAAAGAUGUUUGAUGACAUAUAAAAACGGGUCAACUGGAACUUCAUCAUAUUAUAUAAGUUCUCCAUUAUCACCAACCGGGAAUACGAUAUUACCUGUUACUCGUGUUAAACGUAUAAUCAAGGAAGAUAAUGAGGUUAAAACUUGUGGUGCAGACGUUACUUUUUUAAUCACUGUUGCAGCGGAAAUAUUUAUAGAGUACUUUAUGAGACAAGGAUUAGAACAAGCCAAAAGUGAAAAUAGAAAAAAUGUGAAUUAUCAAGAUUUAGAGAUAGUACCACAAACAUGUACAUAUGAAAAAGCAAUAAAACUUUAUGAUAAAGCAAUGGAAAUGAGAAAUACUGUAAUGUUAACUGAUGAUGAUGAAUCGGGAGAUGAAAGUAAAGAAGAGGAAGAAUAUAGUGAGGACAAUUGCGACGAAAAUAUAGAUGAUCAGAGUAAUGAUGAUGGUGAACAAGGUGAUGAGGAAAAUGAUAUAAAUAAUAAUAUUUUGAGCGAAGAUGAGAAUAGAAGUUCAAUUGAUGUCAUCGUCACUUCUAAAGGUCAAAAGUCACGUCUAAUUGACAACAACUAUAUCGAUGAAGAAAAUGGGGUUUCAUCUGACAGUGAACUUAGUGAAGUUCCUGAAACUUCGAUCAGCGAAAAUAGUUCAAUCACUGUUCUCAUGAUUUUUGUAAAUAACUUUAAAACAUCUUUUUGGUAUUAUGCGAUAUACGAACCUUUUGAUCAAACAUAUAAUCUACUUCACAAUAGUAACCAUCAAUGUGUACCGUUAAAAGACACUAACAAUAAGGAAUUUAUGACAUUUAGAAGGAAUUCAUAA